AUGUUUGGACUCACCAAAGCAAGAACAAGCCCGCGGAACCCAGACGACUUCCCUGUUGCUCAGCUCUUCCUCCUUGCGCUCGUACGAGUUGCCGAGCCCAUCGCGCUCACCUCCAUUUUUCCCUACGCUAUCAAGCUCGUUGCCCACUAUGGAGCAUCCGAGUCGCAAGCGCCCUUCUUUGCCGGCAUCCUUAUCUCUGCUUUCUCCCUCGCCGAAGCAUGCACAGGCAUGUAUUGGGGAGGCCUCUCUGAUCGGAUAGGUCGCAAGCCUGUGCUCUUAAUGGGCUGCUUCGGUACCAUCUCUUCCCUCUUGGUUGUUGGUUUCUCCUCGAGCUUCUGGGUUGCACUUGCAGGCAGAGUUCUUGGAGGCAUACUAAACGGAAACAUUGGAGUGAUUCAGACCAUGGUGGGCGAGCUUGUCCAGAAUCCCAAGCAUGAACCGAAAGCAUACGCUGUAAUGCCUUUCGUCUGGAGCAUUGGUACCAUCAUCGGACCUUCCAUUGGUGGCUACUUCGCCGAGCCAGCAGAUAACUUCCCAUCUUUCUUCUCCCAUACUGGUAUUUUUGCGAAGUUCCCUUACUUGCUUCCGAACCUCCUUUGCACUGGCUUGCUUGUUGUUGCCAUUAUCGCCGGCUAUGUCCUACUUGAUGAGACUCACCCGGAUAUGCAGCCGUGGAGCAGCCAAGCCGAUCUUGAUGCAACCACUGCGCAGACUCCGCUCUUGCCAGCACAAGGUGCCAUUGCCAACGCACCCGCCAACUUGACUGCCGAGAGCUAUGGCACCUUUGGUGAUGUUGACGCCCAUCACGAUGAUCUUUGGCGUGUCAAGUCCAACGGUGAUUGGAUCGAGCAGGAUUCUCCAUCGCAUGAGAAGGUCAUCACCAAGACGGUCUUGACAUUCGUUAUUGCCUUGGGUAUCUUUACGUACCACUCGAUGACCUACGAUCACUUGCUGCCCAUAUUCCUGCAAGAUAAACGUGCCGAUGAUGUCUCUUCCAUGGCGCUUUCCCCGAACGCUCUCGGAGGGGGUCUGGGCAUUCCUCUUCAGAACGUCGGUAUCAUCAUGUCUAUCAACGGGCUCAUCCAGCUCUUUAUCCAAGGCGCCAUAUUUCCAAUGCUUGCCUCAAUCUUCGGCGUCUGGCGCCUUCUCAUCCUCGUCACCAUCGGUCACCCCAUCGCGUACUUCAUCGUUCCUUUCCUCCCACUGCUACCGGCUAGCCUAGUCUACCCCGGGAUCUACGCCUGUCUUACUAUUCGGAGUCUCACCUCCAUACUAGCCUACCCACUUCUCCUCAUCAUGAUCAAGGAGGCCGCACCUGCACCCAACCACCUCGGCAAGAUCAACGGACUGGCUGCGAGCACUGGCGCUGCGUGCCGAACUAUGGCCAGCCCGAUCGCUGGGCUGCUCUACGGCAUCUCCAUUGAUAUCCGCUUCACUCCUUUGGCAUGGUGGGCUUCGGCAUUGGUUGCGAUUAUGGGUGUGUUGCAGAUUCCGUGCAUGAGCCGCGCGGCAAGGAAGUGCAACGUCAGUGUGAACCCGGCGCUGUCGCAACGUCGUCAGAGCCAGGUGGUGCACAUUGUCAUUGAGGAUGAUGCGUGA